AUGGCUCAUUUCGUUCCUGCAAAGAAGUCAUUCACAGCAGAAGACACCGUGGAGCUUCUCGCAGACCGACUGAUCCGCUACCACGGAUUUCCAGAGAUACUCUUAUCGGACCGCGACCCCCGCUUCCAGUCAGACCUCUGGCAACAACUAUGUCGCCGCUUUAACAUCAAACGCGCCAUGUCCUCGUCCUACCAUCCACAAAGCGACGGUCAAACUGAAAGGGUUAACCGCACACUGGACCAGAUGCUUCGUACCUACAUCCAAUCCGACAAACGCGAGCAAGUUAGCCCCUACGCUCAUUCCUCCGAUGACUAA